UUGUGUGUCUGUUCUUUGCCUGCAGGAGUGCGAAGCAGAGCAGGGCAGUGUUUGAGAAGCACAGGCCCACCCACGUCAUCCACCUAGCUGCCAUGGUGGGGGGGCUGUUCAGGAACAUGAAGUACAACCUUGACUUCUGGAGGAACAACGUGCACAUCAAUGACAACGUCCUGCACUGCGCUCAUGAACUGGGGGUCCAGAAAGUGGUCUCCUGCCUCUCCACCUGCAUCUUCCCAGACAAGACCACCUACCCCAUCGAUGAGGGGAGGGGGGGAGGGAUUCACAAUGGACCUCCACACAGCUCCAACUUUGGUUACUCCUAUGCAAAGAGAAUGAUUGAUGUUCAGAACAGGGCGUAUUUCCAGCAGUACGGCUGCAAGUUUACUGCCAUCAUUCCCACCAAUGUCUUCGGACCUCAUGACAACUUCAACAUGGAGGAUGGGCAUGUCCUGCCGGGGCUGAUACACAAGGCUUACCUGGCAAAGAAGGAAGGUUCAUCACUGACAGUCUGGGGGUCGGGCGAGCCAUGGAGACAGUUCAUUUACUCUCUGGACUUGGCCCACCUCUUCCUGUGGGUGUUGAGGGAAUACCAGGAGGUGGAGCCAAUCAUCCUCUCAGUGGGAGAGGAAGAUGAGGUGUCUAUCAGAGGCGCAACUGAAAGCAUUGUGGAAGCCAUGGUGUUUAAAAGGAGAGCUCGUCGUAUCCUUUUCAGAAAGGAGUUCAGAAGGCAGAAUAGAAAGUCACAGAUGAGCUGUUUGUCUGUUGCACACUUCCAUUCGUCAGACAGGAAUCAAAUGUGCAGUUUUGGAAAGAGACACACUUAAACAUUUGUUGUUUUUUUAAUCAGUAUGUCUGGUACUCUACACUAAGGUAAAUCCAUUUAUGUCUGCUUUUACAUAGUGUUGCACUUCUUUAUUUCACCUGAAGAGUGAAUUGUCCCCACCCCAUCAGCAGCCUCUGUCAUUAACCAGUCAGCUGCUUCCUCUAUUGAGUGACUCUUAUGUUAUGUUACGCUUCCUAAGUCAU